AUGUAUGUGUUAUUUUUUGUAUUUGUAUUAACGACAAAUGGAUAUCAGUGCCAAUGUACUCCUGCGGGAACCGAUGAUGCGGCUGGUUUUAUUCCAUUAAAUUGUGAUAAAAAUCAUGAUACAAUAUGUUUCUCAUAUAAUUUUAUUUUUUUCUACACUACUUAUUAUUUCAAUGAAAUUGUUAUCACAAACAACCUUGGUUUAUAUUCGUAUAUCGACUUUCAAUGGCAAAAUAUUAAUGGUUUCACAAUAAUUUCAAAUUUCGUGUUAUUGUGUUUUGCGAACAUUCACUCUAAUAACAAUUUUUAUAUUAAACCAAAAGCUGUAAUAAACGUGCUAAAAAAUACAACUGCCAUUGGAAGACUCUCAAUUGCUGGUAAUAUCGAAUUAGAAAAUCCUGAAUUGAACAACCCACAAAUUAUAAUGUGGAACUCGACGUAUCUCCAUCUUAAUUAUAAAUACGUUUCAAGACAAAAUUUUGAAAUUAAAAAUCCAACAGGCAACACAAAAUGUUUUGAUGUCAUUUCAUUAAAUGACAAGUCUAAUAUAGACACUUCAACCAAUACAGAUCACAUCACUUCUGACAUGUUUAAUUACUCAUAUAAUUUUACUGAUGGGAAGGGCUACUUAAUUUCUAACAAAAAGUUGAUUCGAUUUUGCCCAAAUGGUAUUUUACUUGACAAAGAUGUUGUUUGUACUUUAAAGUCGCAAUAUUACAAAAUACAGUCACCAAUAAAUAUGGAGUACACAUUUGACUACCCGCACUGCCACUGUAAUGACGAUGCUAAUGUGAAUUGCAAACUCAAAUUUACAAGUGAAAUCAACGAGUUUGGAUUCUUUGAUGCUGACUUGAGUAAUACUGAAUUACUUGUUGAUAGAAAUGUCACAAUUUUUCGUUUAAAGCAAGCAAAACAAGUUAAUAUUUAUGAUGAUGUUGAGUUAUCAAUUUCGUCUUAUUUUAACGAUUCAAAGUUUGUAUUCACUUUUGGAAGUGUAACAACAAGUGAUGAGAAAAAUGACUACAAAUUUGCUUCAUUUAAAUAUUCAACAUCAUCAAAUACAUUUGUGUGUGAAGGUAACUUGAAUUACGACCUCAGUUUAAAUCAAAAUAUCACAAAUUUUAAAAUUGAAUGCCCGAAUAUAAUAAAAUCACUCAAUUUGUAUGAAAACUCAAAAAUAUUUAUAUCAAAAGGCACAAUUUCAAGUAAAAUUUGUCAAAUUAAUUUCAGUGAAUUUGGAAAAAGUUUUGUAUUUAUUGCAAACACAAACAACAAUGAAGUAGUAAGCAAUUGUUAUCUAUUUGAAGUGACUAAAAACAGAGUAAAUUGUAUAUUAUGUACAUCAAAAUAUCAGCUUGUUAAUGGGAAAGUGUUUUCCUCUUAA